UUGAUUUUAUAAUCUGUGAUUUUGUGUUUGUUGGUUGGUGCUGCACUGCAUUUUCCAUGCAUUUUCACAGUUUUCUUCAGAAUUUUUGUGCGUUGAAGUAUUUUUUUCGGGUUUUAGGCAACUUACAAAGUACAAUAGUUAUUCCCACAUUGUGUUAGUGUUUCGUGAUUUCAAUAUAAAAGAAUGGAGUAGCUGCUAUGUUAGGUGACAUUCAACUAACUAAACGUUUGAUAGUGAUUGCUUUAAUUCUUGGUAUUAUUUACAUUUUGAAGGAAUACGUGUUUGUUUAUCCGAUAUGAGUCAGCAUCGGGUUGCUUAUUUUUAUAACGCGGACGUGGGGAAUUUUCAUUAUGGGCCAGGGCACCCUAUGAAACCUCACAGGUUAUCCGUGACGCAUAGUUUGGUCCUCAACUAUGGUCUGCAUAAAAAGAUGCAGAUCUACAAGCCUUACCGAGCCAGUGCCCACGAUAUGUGUCGCUUCCACAGUGAAGACUACAUCGAGUUCUUGCAGAAUGUCACCCCACAAAAUAUACAAAGUUAUUCAAAAGACUUGCUGCAUUACAACGUAGGCGAUGAUUGUCCUGUGUUCGAGGGUCUUUUUGAUUUCUGUUCGAUGUACACCGGCGCUUCGUUGGAAGGUGCCAUGAAGUUAAACAACAACUCGUGUGAUAUUGCUAUCAACUGGUCAGGAGGACUGCACCAUGCUAAAAAAUUUGAACCUUCAGGAUUCUGUUACGUAAACGACAUUGUGAUAGCAAUACUAGAGCUGCUUAAAUACCACCCUCGAGUUCUGUACAUAGACAUUGACGUGCAUCACGGAGACGGCGUUCAAGAGGCUUUUUAUCUGACGGAUAGAGUAAUGACCGUCAGUUUCCACAAAUACGGCAAUUACUUCUUCCCUGGUACAGGAGAUAUGUAUGAAAUUGGCGCUGAAAGUGGUAGAUACUACUCUGUGAAUGUGCCACUUAAGGAAGGCAUUGAUGACCAAAGCUAUGUGCAGGUGUUCAAGCCGGUGAUAUCGAACGUUAUGGAGUUCUACCGUCCGACUGCUAUAGUGCUGCAGUGCGGCGCGGACUCGCUAGCGGGCGACCGGCUCGGGUGCUUCGCCCUGUCCACCCGCGGCCACGGGGAGUGCGUCAAGUUUGUCAAGAACCUUAACGUGCCUACGCUCGUGGUUGGGGGCGGAGGGUACACCUUACGAAACGUCGCGCGUUGCUGGACGUACGAGACGUCCCUUUUAGUUGACGACAACAUAUCCAACGAGUUACCUUACACCGAGUAUUUGGAGUUCUUCGCGCCAGACUUCCAGCUGCAUCCAGAGGUUGGCAAGUAA